AUGGCAACUCGAACAUCCACACGAUCAACAAAAGCUGUCAAAUUUGUUGAUUCAACGAAUGAUGAUGAUGAACAUGAAUUUGAUACUUCCGAAGCACCGAUAAUUAAAGUUGAACCAAAAAAAGCUAAAGCUCGUGGUCGUCCACGACGAAAUCGAUCAUCAAAUGAUGACGAUGAAGAGUGGGAUGCAAGGAAUGAACAUAUUGAAAAUGAUGAUGAGGAAGAUGAAGAAGUUAGUGAAGGAGAUGAAGAUGUAACAAAAAAAUUCAAAACAAAUCCUGUCAAUCGUUCCAUUGAUUCUGUUUAUGAUUUUGGAGAAAUGAGUGGUACGGCAAGGAAAUGGACAAAAACAACGACACAAACACCACAACGUAAUAGUACUGUUAGUGAUACAGGAAAAUCUAUGGAAAAACUAAUGUGUUCAUACUGUAAUUAUACAACAACAAAAAAAUAUCUACUUCAAAGACAUCUUAAAUCUCAUUCAACUGAACGACCACAUAAAUGUGCUUAUUGUGAUCGAUCAUUUAAAACAACUAUUCAAUUAACUAAUCAUGUGAAUACACAUUUAGGUGUUAAACCAUUUCAAUGCAAAUUCUGUUCAUUUUCUUUUACAACUAGUGGAGAACUUAUCCGACAUGUUCGAUACAAACAUACACUAGAAAAACCACAUCGAUGUGAAGAAUGUGGUUAUGCUACUGUUGAAUUAAGUAAAUUAAGACGGCAUAUUCGUACACAUACUGGAGAAAAACCGUAUGCAUGUCCACACUGUUCAUAUUGUAGUCCAGAUACAUUUAAACUUAAACGACAUUUACGUGUACACACUGGCGAGCGUCCGUAUCAAUGUACAAUUUGUAAUUUUCGUUUUACGCAAAGCAAUAGCUUAAAAGCACAUAUGUUAACCCAUCAAGCUGAAAAACCAUCGUUUCCUUGUUCAUAUUGUCCAUCUGUAAUGGCAAGAAAAUCUGACCUUCGUUAUCAUAUCGGUAAACAACAUGCUCGUCAAUCCGAACCUUUAUCAUGUAAUAAAUGUGACGAAGAUUUUCCUGAUAAAUAUUCAUUACGUAUGCAUGGUAAAACUCAUAAAGGUCAAACAAUUCAUUCAUGUAAUCAUUGUGAAUUUUCUGCGAAUACAAGUCAACAACUCGAAGAUCAUAUGAAUAAACAUCGUGGUACACGUCCAUUUCAAUGUAGUGAAUGUGGUUUGAUGUUUGCAGCACGUGCUGAUUUACGUGCUCAUGUUACACGUACACAUCGAAAUGCUGCAACACCAACAACAGCAACAACAACAGCAGCGACAUUGUCAGCAGCAAUGAAUUCUCCAAUAGCAACUAAUCGUCGUCCACAACGACGUGCAGCAUCUUUACAACAUCGUUAUAUAGGUGUAUCAUCAGGUGCAGAAGAUGAAGAACAUCAAGAAGAUGAUUAUCGUUGUCCAAUAUGUCAUCGACAAUUUACAUCAGCACGUUUACUUGAUCGACAUACAUAUGCUGUACAUGAACCUAAACAAGAUUCGUAUGAUAAUCGAGAUUAUCAAACAAAUGAAAUUGAAGAUGAAGAUGAUGUACGUGAUUAUGCUGAUGAUGAACUUGAAGAAAAACCAAAAGCAAAUAUAAAUAUUAAAAAUGAAAUGCAUGCAAAUCAAUUAAAACUUGAAGAUGGUAUAACAGAUGAUGAACAAGGAUUAGAUGAAGAAGAACAAGAUUUAGCACCUAUUGUUGAAGAUAUUAUUGAUGGUGAUGAUGAUUUUGAACAAAUACCAACAAUUAAAUCGAUAUCAUCAGCUGGAAGAAAACAACUUGGUAUUAUAAGAAAAUUUGAUGAAAUCGAAAAUGAUGAUGAUGAUGAUGGUCUGUCACAUAAACGAAAAUGUAUUAUUAAUCGAGAUGAACAUGAUGAAAAACCUGAUUUUGAUGUAUUUGGUUUCAACGGAUAA